GAGCCUUUCUCUCGCGCACCUCCCACCACCAAAGACUUUCAGCAGACCGCUGACCUUGAACUGUGUCUUCGAGAACAGGGCCUUUACGAGAGCAAUGAGGAGGCAGUGCUGCGAGAGGAAGUGCUGGGGCGCUUGGACAGGCUUGUGAAGGAGUGGGUGCAGAGGGUGUGCGCCUGGCUGGGCUUGGGAGAGUUUGGGGAAGUUGAAACAAAUGCGAAAAUCUUCACCUUCGGCUCUUACCGCCUGGGUGUGCAUGGACCUGGGGCCGAUAUUGACACCUUGUGUGUCGGUCCGCGGCAUGUGUCAAGGGACCUUCACUUUUUCGGGACUGAAGAGCACUGCCUGCAGAAAAUGCUCUCCGACCUUCCAGAGGUGACAGAGCUGCAGCCCGUGGUGGACUCGUUUGUGCCUGUCAUCAAGAUGAAGUUCUCCGGUGUCAGCAUCGAUCUCCUGUACGCCCAGCUGGCCACUGCGGUGGUGCCAGAGAACCUGGAUGUGGGCGCCAUCUCCACUCUCCGCAACGCAGACGACAAGAGCGUCCGAUCCCUCAAUGGCUGCCGCGUCACAGACACCCUCCUGAACCAGGUGGAGUCGAUCGAGACCUUCCGCACGGCGCUGCGGGUGAUCAAGCUGUGGGCUGAGCGGCGGGGCAUCUACUCCAAUGUGGUCGGCUAUCUGGGCGGCGUCAAUUGGGCCAUCCUGGUGGCCUACACCUGCAAGCUCUACCCCUGCGGCAUCGCCUCUGUCAUCGUGGACCGCUUCUUCAAGGUGUUUGCGAGGUGGCCGUGGCCGACGCCGAUCAUGCUGCGGGAGAUAGAGCACGAUGCGAUGGGGCUGCAGGUGUGGGACCCGCGCAUCAACCCCCGCGACUCCAUGCACCUCAUGCCCAUCAUCACCCCCGCCUACCCCGCCGCCAACUCGUCCUACAACGUGUCCGAGAGCACGCUCGCCGCAAUGAAGGCGCGCACACAACUCCAUCAAACCUGUCUGCUGCAGGAGGAAUUUGAGCAUGGCGAGAAGGUGUGCACGAGGAUCUUGGCCGAGGGAGGCCUCACCAAGUGGCACAAGCUGCUGGAGCCCGUCCCCUUCUUCAGGAACUACCGGAACUACCUGCAGGCGCGCCUCUUCCUCACCCCUUCCCAAUUCAUCCCAUUUGCAACCUGCUGCUUUAUGCACUGUAUUCUCCAGGAGGCGUGGGACGGCUGGGUGCACUCGCGGCUGCGCCAGCUGGUCAUGCGGGUGGAGCCCUUUGUGACGGUGCGGCCGUGGCCCAAGGCCAUCUUCCCGCCGCGUGGCCCCGAGGCGGCCGGCCAGCCGCGCCGCUGCUUCUACUUCAUGGGCCUCAAAAAGAAGCCGCUCCCCUCGCAGCCCGGCGGCCGCGCCUCCAGCGUCAAUCUCAACAAUCCCGUGCAGGAGUUCAAGAACCAGGUGAUGGGGUAUCUGUCGUGGAAGGAGGGCAUGCACGUGCUCAUCACGCACCAGAUGCAGAAGGCGCUGCCAUCCUUCGUCCUG